UUUUCGUUUGUUGAUGCACGGGUUCGGAUAACAGGAAAGCAAAACAAAGAGUGUGUAUAGAGUUUCUUCUGAUAUUCGUAAACUGUAAACAAUUAACCCAUUCUUGAAGGUGCGUUUAAACGCUGCGACUUUUGGAUGCUCUCUAAAGAUCUCAUAUUCAGUAUAAUUGUGAUAAAAUGGAAUUAUGCUGACAAAUUCGUUGCGAAAUACUGGAAAUCAUGUGAGAUCUUAGAUAAUUUUAUAAUUAAUUUUCAUUUAAUCUGAAAAUUAAUUUGGAGCCCAAUGUGUGGAUGCUGUAUGCUUUUUCUUCACUAACGAGUUUAUUUUAUUUUUGGCCACCAAAAUGUUCCAAUAAUCAUUAUUCAAUGCAAGAAAAUCAUGUCAUCUUUCUCGAUAACAAGUAAAACUCUGUUGGAUAUUCAAGGGUGCAUUGAAGAGUUAAAGAGAGAUUUUUCAUUAGAAAAAACUCCCGUCAGUGAUGACUGUACAGCACUUCAUUGCUUAGAAAAACAGAUAGAAACUGUUUUGCAACUCAGAGUAAAAGGAAAAUCUGAUGUAUUUGUUCCCAAAAAAACUUACUGGGAUUAUAUCUGUGCUUGUUUUUGUGUAUCAAAAAGAUUUCAUGAAGGUAUAAAGUAUGUGAAGUCUAAUUCUGAGUUGAAAUCAUCUGUGGGAAGAGGUCGUGCUUUAAUUAGGUAUUGCUUGAUUCACAAAUGCCUUGCUGAUACUUUGCAAAUAUGUUUCUUUGAUGAAAAAACCACAAGAAACUUUUAUUUUGAACAAAGUCUUCCUCUUCAACCUAAACUUUGGACUGCUUUUAUUUCAUAUCUGUAUGACUUAAAUGAGAUAAACUUUGAUCUGAAUCCUCUAAGUUCAGAACUUGAUGUAUCUUGGCCUUCUUUUGCUAGAAAAAUUUUCCUGCCAUCAGAAUGUCAAAUUUUGCCUUUCAUGACUAUGAAUCUUUCUAACAUCAAAGACUUUUCUUCCGAGCUUACUGUUAAUGAGUUGUAUACUGGUGAUGCUUCAACUGGAGGAGAAAAUUCUGAAAAUAUGAAUAAUGAGACACAGCACCUUGUCGUUGCUAAUUCAGAAUUAGAAGCAGAUGUCCUUUAUUUACAGAAGAAGUGUAAAACUUUAGAACAAGAAAUUUGUGAUGCUGUUCAUGUAGAAGAAGCUUUGGAUAUGACUUCAAAAAUUGCUGAAAUCUCCAUAGUUGAAAAGAGCAUGGAUUCCGAUUCUAAAGUGUUGGGCAGUAAUUAUUGUGACGAAAAAAAGUGUGUUGAAAAUGCUGAAGAAUAUAUUAAUAAUGUGGAUACUGAACUUAAUUUCAAAUCUAAAUCUGGUGACAAGUGUAGUUGCUGUUUAAAGACUGAUUACUCUGAAGACGACAGUGGUAAAGAUGUUCAAACCUUUUCUACCUUAAAAAAAUCUCCCAAUUCUCCUUUAUUUUCCCAUGAAUCAUUAAUAACAAUCAAGGGAUGUGGUUCAAGUUUUUUAAACAAUAUUGAUUGUUCAGAUUUAUUCCUUCUGAAGAAAAUGGAUUGCCUUCUGCAAAGAGAAAGUACUGCUUUUGAUCCUGAAAUUGUAGACUUGAUUCAGGAUUUAGUUUUGGAAAUGAAAGUUCUUUUAAAUAGGUUAAAGAGUGGUAUGAAUUCAGUAACCGAUCCUGUUGUUGUUUCUUAUGUUACGCGGUUACAAAUUAUUAGGCAAUAUCUGGAAAAAAUUCUUCUUGUAGAAUUCAAAAAGUCAGUGGAGUGUAAAAUUGAAAAGCAAAAUUUUGAAAAAUAUGCAUUUUGCAUGAAAUCCUCUGCUUUAAAGCAAGAUAAAUUAAUUCAUUCUCUUUUUGAACAAGUUAAUUUAUGUGUGAAAGAGAACAAAAGUCUUUAUGAGCAACUUUGUAUUUUGAAAGACAAAUUACAAUCCUUUGGCUUAUUAAAACCCCAGGCCGAAAGCAAAAUAGAGUUUAAAAUCAGUUCUGAAAUAGUUAACCAGACUUCUGAUAUUAAUGAGAUCUCUGAAAACGAUAUUAAUUUAGAUAUUCAGUUUAAUAAUAAUAUGCCAAAUUAUUACUUGGAAACUUUCCAGAUUUUUAAAACAUCUUCAGCCAAUCUUUGCAUUCUAAGUACACAAGCUAAAAAUUUGCAAUUAUUGGUGGAUUCAUCACGUAAGUUAAAUGAUUACUUAAUAGAAAGAAUUCUUGAUCAAGAGUUGCACAUGAAGAGUAUGACUAAGCAGUUAGAAAAAGCGCACAAUCUUUUGGAAGUUACGAAGAAACAGCACCAAAAAUUGCAGUAUGUUGAAAAUAUUGUUAAAUAUGAUCUCCGAGAGAAACGUAGAUUUUUAAACGAAUUAAAACAGCAGUUGGAGGUGACUCAAGAAAACUGUAAUCUUGCAAGGGUGAAAAAUUUCAAGUCGGAAGCAGAAUGGCAAGAUUUAAGGAGAGAAUUUAUGCGAAUAUUUGUGAAUAAGCAGACCAGCGAAGAAAGUGGUUUUAUCGAUGACAGAGGAGGAGAAAGUGGUUUUAUUGAUGACGGAGGAGAAGAAAGUGGGUUUGUUGAUGAUAAAAGUGAAGAUAAUUGUUUCAUUAAGGAUAAAUGUAUAAAGGAUGAAUGCUAUGUUGUAGAUAACAAUGCACAUGACAAUGACGAACCUGAAAAUGUAUCAGAUAAUGAAGUUUCAAUAAGUAAUAGUGAUAUUGAAUCGAAAUAUCAAAAAAAGAAUCGCCUUCAAUUGAUAGAAGAACAGUGCCAAAUGCUUUGCACCAACGUGAAAAAUAGCUCUAAGAAAAGGAAAGAACUUGAUUAUAGACUAGAAUCUUGGUGCAAAGACAUUGAAAAUUCUCACAUUGAAACUUCUAAAACGAAUAACUUAUCAGAGAUCUUGAGUGCUAAAAAAGAAUAUAUGGAUAGUUCAAAUAAAGCUGCAAACGGAAAAAUGAACAUAGAUUUUAAUAGUGAUAUUGAUAAUUCAUCAUCAUCAGAAAUUGGGAGCUUUAUUUCGGAUAGUUGUUCUUAUAUUCCGUAUAAUUCCAGUAUAACUUCAAAAGGAUUUAGGCUUUCUUUACAAUAUUUAAAAACCGAUGAGUUGGUUUCUCCUAAACUUGUCGACUUAAAUGUUAGUAAGGUUCCUCUUGAAUAUGAAGAACAUCAUAAUGUUGAUUUUGGUCCAUUGUCAGAGGAACUUGAUGACAUUUACAACUCCAAAACCAUUGAAAAUGUUCGAGAAAGUUCUUAUUUUAGAUCUAUUGAAUCACUUGGAGGAAGUGAUAAAUGCGUAAUGGAAAACUCUGAUUCAGAAGGAAUGUCAAUUCAGAUGAAAGUCAAUGGGAACAGUUGUUCUACUGAAAAUAAAAGUUCUGGUCCUUCUAUGAAAUCGGACGAUUUGGAAAAGCUUGUUAUUGAACUAGAUGAAGAAAAAAAGUGUUUGCAGUUAAGAUGUCAAGAAUUACAGAUGAAAAAUACAGUGAUCUUAGAAAAUUUAAAUCGGAAAACGCAGGAGUUGCAGCUAACUGAAGCAGCUAAGGAACAAGAAAUUAUAGCAUUGCAAUUCCAGUUAAAUUCUGAAAUCUUGAAAUAUGAAAGAGCUAUAAAAGAAUAUAAUGAUAAUAAUGAAGGAUUGAAAGAAAUGAAACAGAAAGUUAGUGAUCAGGAACAGCUUAUACUAACUCUUGAAGAAACUUUAGCUGAAAUUGAAGUAGAGAGAGAAGGCGAAAAAGAACAUCAGUGGGAGCAGCUUCAAGAUAUUCAGCUUGCCCUCGCUGCUCGUGAAGAAGAAUGCUUUGCUUUGUCUUCUAAUAUCCGACAACUUGAAGAAAUUAAAAUGUCUAAUAUGAAGAAUAAAGAAAUGCUUGAAGAUGAAAUACUGCAUUUACGAAAUGAUAUUAAAGAAUUACAGAAAAAAAUAAUCAAGCUUUUAAAAGAGAAAGAUAUACUUUGGAAAACAAAUGACCGACUGAGAUAUUUACAUAAAAUUCAGAUCAAUGAUCGUUGGAUCGAUGAUCGUGAAGUUUCAAAGUGCUUGGGUUGUAGAAGCCAGUUUUCUUUUUUGCUUCGAAAACACCAUUGUCGUCAUUGCGGCAGAAUAUUUUGCCAUUCUUGUGCAAAUAACUGGCUGCUGACUCCAUCUAGCAGGAAGCAGAUACGUGUUUGCAAUGAGUGUUAUAUGCAGCAUAUGGAAAUAAAGACAGAUGUCAGAAGAGAUAGUAAUGUGCAGUAUUUUGAUGACAGUGACGAUGAAGCUGUUGAUGAUAUUUCAUUUAAUUUUAACAGAAGUAGUAGCUUUAGUUCAGAAAUGCAUCCAAGUAUUGCCGAUAGCAUCAUUUCUCUUCCUGCUAGGCAAGUAACUAACCUCAAGCAAAGAACGCACUUCACAAGCGCUCCUGAAUUACAUUUCAAUCAUGAAAUUCAAGAAGUUCCGAUAAAACGCUCUUUGAAUGAUCCAUCUCUGCCCUGUCACAUGGAAGUUGUUGAGAAUGACAUAAGUGGUAGUCUUCUAAUUAAAGCUAACGAAGAAGCUAUUUUACCUAUUUUCAAUGAAAUCAAUUCUACUUCAAUUGCUUGGAAUCUUGAACCACCUUCUGAAGCCAUUCCUAUUUCCCUUAUUUACGAAGAUACAACCCACUGUAAUCCGAAACAAACUGUGUUACAUCAAAGCUCUUGUGAAAUGGAUGGAGUUAUACAUUUAUCUUUGCCUGGGCUGUACAAGUUUCACUUCGAUAAUAAAUCAAGAUCUUCUUCCAUGGUGGUGCGUUACAGUUUCAAAGCUAGUGUUUUGAAGGAGCCAGAGAUUUCUGUUUAGUAUAUUUAAACAUAUUCUUGUAUUGAAUGUAUAUUUGCAAAUUAUUUAAAGCAUUAUGGCUUUUUUUCUUGACCUCUUGUUUGUUAAAAUUUUUUUUAUAUAUUUAUUGUGAUUAAAGUGCCUUGAGACAUA